UUCUUCAUCCACUUGUUCUUUGUCAUCCAAGUCGCAUACUUGUAUAUAUACAUCUACCGCCAUCAUCUCUCAAUGCAAUAGCUUCUCAAGCUCGCAGGUCAACAACCAACCUCGCAACCAUCAUUGAUCGAUCCCUAGCUAGCAAGCUAGGUAGCGUGUUCGUCGGUUGGCACCAGCCAUGCACGACGAGGAGAAGAAGGACUCCAAGUGCGCGACGGCGGUGAGCAUCGCCGGCCGCAUCGCGGGCAUGGGGCUGGCGGUGGCAGCGGCGGCGCUCAUGGCGGCGGCGAGCCAGUGCACGGUCUACGCGGCCUACGGCGCGCGCCCGCGCACCGUGAGCUACGGCGACUUCCCGCCCUUCGUCUACCUGGUGAUCGCCACCGCCAUGGCGGCGUUCCUGGAGGCCAUCGCCAUCUUCCUCGUGGUGUGGAAGAAGGGCAAGAGCAAGAAGGCGGCGGCGCUCAUGCCGCUGCUGGGCGCCGCCGUGCCGGCGCUGCUCUACUCCGCCACCGGGGCCGCUUUCGCCAAGAGCGCCGACCUGUCCUACUGCUCGGCGUACGGCCAGCGCGUCAGCGUCUGCGCGGGCAGCGCCGCGGGCGGCGGCGGCAGCAACUUCUGCAGCCAAGUGCACAUCGCCGUCUACCUCGCGCUGGCCGCGGCGGUCGUCGUGUCCGUCGCCGAGGUGGUGAGGGCAUUGGGAGGAUCGGCGGCGCUCGGCGGGUCGGACUCGGACUGCUCCAGCUCCGACUCCGACCAUGGCUGCCACCACAAGCAUUAAUAGGUCUUGCGUCUUCAUUUUCUUUUUUACAUGGUGUAUUUAAGAGAUCAUCAUUAGCCGCUGUAAUUAGUUGGUGUGAUUUAAAUUCGUCUUCUGAAUUAACGGCCACUUUAAUUUGUGGCCUGUUUGUAUGUAUCUACCAAGGUUCUAAAUAGCGGGCUAAG